AAAUAAAGUAUGGCACUCGAUGAGGGUGAUGGGGAAUAUAAUGAAAGGACAUUUUAUAGAAAGGAUAUUUUACAUUCAAGGUAAUACUAAAUUUCGAGGAAAAAUACAACUUAUGAUUAAAGUUUCAGACUUAAAAAUGAAAUAUAUUACAAUAAUCCUGGGAAUAGUACUGAUAGUUAACCUAGGAUUUGUAUUCGCUGAUUGUACCAAGGAACAGGAGCAAAACAGUUGGAAUGUCGUUCAAUGGAUCCUAAGGAGAGUGCAGGGUUCUGAAACCUGUGUUGUCAUAUAUAUCAGGAUUAAUGAUAUUGUAACUCCUGGAGAACAACAGCUGAUCUUGGAGAAUGAAACUGAACUGAAACCCAAUAUGGCUGCUUUAUCUUUUACUAAAUGUAUCAUCAUAAUUUCUGAUAAGGUGGUUGUGAUAGAUGAGAACAUGAACCAUGGAUACAAUCAUACUCUUCAAAUUAAUUUUCAAGAAGAUAGCAAACAGCAUGAAAAUCAUUUAGGGAUAAAUCAAAGAAGCGCUAACUUACUCCCUAACAUUAAAGAACUUAAUUUUAUAGAUAGAUAGAUAUAUAUAUUUCACUAAAUAUUUUAAUAAAAACAAUAACAGGUAGUGCAUAAUUUUUAU